AUGACCAGCUCUCCGCCAGAUAUUUCAUCUCUGUCGCUUACUUCACAGCAGCAACGUCUUCACGACUCUUACGAUUAUGAAGGCUCUAGCGGCAACCGUCCUCAGUAUCAUUUUGCUACGUCCCCGGGGAUUUCUAUCCAGUCCCAAUAUAAUCCUCUGACUACCGGCCAGUCCCCUUUGAAGAAGCCCGUUAGAGGCGGUCUUCCUUCUCAAUGGCUCGAUAAUUCCUCUGAUAGUCGCUCGCUGUCGCCUCACAACAACUCGGACUUUUCUUCCGCUGGCGGUUCCCCCCCUAUGAGCCAUCUUAGCCCACCACCUAUUGCUCCCACUACGCCUAGUCAGAAUCCUGAUGACGAAAUAAUCCCUACCGCCAUCGUUAUCAAAAACAUACCAUUCAAUGUCAAGCGCGAAACACUGCUUGACAUAAUUGUGUCCUUGUCAAUCCCUACUCCUUACGCUUUCAACUACCAUCUAGAUCAACAAGGCGCCUUCCGUGGUCUUGCCUUUGCCAAUUUUCGUCAGGCAGCAGAUGCAGAUGCAGUCGUUGUCGCUCUGAACGGUUUCGACGUUCAGGGUCGCAAGUUACGCGUUGAGUACAAGAAGGUUCUCCAGGCCAGUGAGAAGGAGCGGAUCGAAAGGGAAAAGGCUCUUCGUCGUAUGCGUUCCAUGCAACUCGAGAAGGAACAGAUCACCCCAGGGUAUGAGGACUAUGGCAAUGUGCUGAGCUCUACUACUUUUUCUCCCCAACGGUCUUUCUCUUCCGGGUCUUACCAACAGCAGCAGUCUCAGUAUUCUCCUCCACAUAUCUCUACCAUGCCUUCUCCGUAUAGCUUGGCUUCAGCUCCUGCUGCCCCACAGUCGUUCCCGCCUGCUCCUUUGUCUGACAAAGGGUCAGCGAACGAAUUGGAUCUGAAUGACCCUUCAACUUUAGAGAUUUAUUCUCGUAUUUUGUUGUUCAAGGAUGAUCGCAUGCGCGACGAGCUGGCGUUCUCCAGAAUGUUGCUGCCCAAGCAGCGUCGCGUCGUCCAUCUUAUUGCCCAAAAACUUGGUGUCUAUCACUACUCUGUUGGCGAGGGUGACGAGAGGUAUGCUGUCGUCACUCGCAUUGAUCCGCAAAGGGUAUGUCGUCCCGAUCAACAGGCGCAACGAGCUCCAACCCUUUCUCGCGCCCCUUCCGCAUAUCUGACUCCCACGGGGUCUACCAUAUCAGCUGCUCCUGGAUCGUUACGUAUGAAGAAGUCCAUGCCGGACUUGAAAACACUGCACUCGCAGGCUCCUCGUCUCACCACUCGCGCUUCCAACGGAAACAUCCGCGAAGGGUAUGCCACUAUCGCGUCUCCCUCUCGUCGCUCGAGCGGCUUUGGCUCGCUUUUCGCAAACGGGGGCGCAUUCGGUAACUCGGGAGUUCCACCAGUGCCUAACCUCCCCACUGGCUUGCAGUCGGCUGGAACCAUGAACUCGGCAAGUGGAAACGGACAUGAGAGCCCUGGAGGCGUCGUUAGGCAGCCUCGAGGCCCUGGAGUGGGUGGAUUUGCUAGGAGGGACAGCAGAGUUGGGAUUAGCGAAGGUCAACCUAGAGGUGUGCUCGAUGCUAGAACUUACGAACCACUAGAGAUCUGA